CUGGACAACAUUCUUUUUCUUAAUAUCUAGAUCAUGAAAUGUUGAAGAUGCUGAUGAAGAUUAGCAUUACCAAGUGAUAAUAAAGUUGUUGCACAAGAAGACGAUGACAUUUGACACCGAGCAUUUUUCCUGCCCCGCCGGCGACGGGAAAGGAAGUUUGCCAACGCUAUUUCCGAAAGAUUUUCAGCAUCGCACUUCCAGGGUUCAGUACGAGCAUUGUGAGGAUGAUGUCUGGUUCUACUGCGAGACGUCAACACCUUGGCAAACCUCACAACAAAUUGCACUUCAGCAGAGUCUCGCUACUGAAGCAGCGAACGCGGAAGCAGCUGCUUCCGCUAUUCUUAUCGGAAAUUCAACUAACUACUCUUCAAAUACCUUAUCUGCUAGCGGGAUCAACAGCAUCGCUUCAACUGUGUCAUCGUC